AGUGCAGUGCAGCGCAAACCAUGGGGAACCGUGUCACCCGCGAGGACUUCGAGUGGGUUUACACGGAGCAGCCCCACACGCAGCGCAGGAAGGAGAUCUUGGCAAAGUAUCCAGAAAUCAAGACUCUGAUGGGACCAGAUCCACAUUUAAAGUGGAUUGUAUCUGGAAUGGUUUUCCUGCAGUUUCUAGCAUGCUACCUGGUAAAAGACUUAUCCUGGAAAUGGAUUUUCUUCUGGGCUUAUGCUUUUGGGGGUUGCAUCAAUCACUCGCUGACCCUAGCCAUCCAUGAUAUUUCACACAACGUCGCCUUUGGGAAUAAGCAGACCAAAUGGAAUCGAUGGUUUGCAGUUUUUGCCAACUUGCCUAUUGGCAUCCCUUAUUCUGCUUCCUUCAAGAAAUACCACAUCGAUCAUCAUCGGUAUCUUGGUGGGGACAGCCUGGAUGUGGACAUUCCCACAGACUUUGAAGGCUGGUUUUUCUGUACGCCGCUUCGGAAACUGCUUUGGCUUUUCUUCCAGCCUCUGUUCUACAGUCUGAGACCACUGUAUGUGAACCCCAAAGCAAUUACACAGAUGGAAAUUUUUAAUGCUCUUGCCCAGUUUUCCAUAGACCUUAUAAUUUAUUACCUUUGGGGGCUCAAACCUGUUAUUUAUUUAAUAGCAGGUUCAAUUCUUUGCAUGGGUUUACAUCCCAUUUCUGGACACUUCAUAGCUGAACACUACAUGUUCUUAAAAGGGUAUGAGACAUACUCUUACUAUGGACCUCUGAACUGGCUCACCUUUAAUGUAGGCUACCACAUGGAGCAUCAUGAUUUCCCCAGCAUUCCUGGAUGCAGAUUGCCAAUGGUGAAGAAGAUUGCAGCAGAAUAUUACGAUAACCUCCCACAUCACCAGUCCUGGAUUCGGGUUCUGUGGGACUUCGUUUUUGAUGACACUAUUGGUCCUUAUUCAAGGGUUAAGAGACUAUGCAAGCUGGCAAAAGAAAGUUAACGGACUAGCUCUGCCAGCUGCAUUGGUGUUUUGUUUGUUCAUUUGAAUGACUUCUCUGCAAAAGUAGGAGGAUGGUUGUGUGUGCUGAAUUAGCAUUGGUGUGUGCUCCUUAGAUGAAGAGGAUAAGUAUGGAAAUGAAGCAAUUGGAUGCACUAUUUUACACUACUGAUACUUUUUAAUAAAGGAUAUUUGUCUAUGUAACCUUGAGAAACUAGAUUAGAGUAAGCUAUGGUUAUAUAACCUUUGGCCUAGGUUUAGGAUUAACUUCCUGGGCCACAUGUGCCUACAUCUGAGUUUUGGCCUUAUCUGCAAUGUAGAAUGCUUAAUGUGUGUAUGUGUGAGCAUGAGUGUGUGUAGUUUUGGACUGGUUUCUCUUCAUGCCAGGUAAGAUGUAGAUGCUCUGUGUGCACAGGACUGUGGAAGCAGGGAGAACUGGCACAGAGAAGUAAACAAUACUUUCUGCAGAAUACAAGAGUGCCUUUAGUUCAAUGUCAUUGCUAAUCCAGUAUCUUCUGAUAAUUGCUGGUAGCAGAGAUUUUGUAUAUGCAAUGGAGUAUGUGUAUGUUUUUGUACAUUUGCAUUAUUAUUUCAGUAGCUGCUGUUUGACCUUUACACCAGGACUUUGCCUAAACCUUUUCUGAAUGCAUUUCUAUUCUUUGAAUAUAACUCAUUGUAGCUAACUGGCAGAGCUGAACUGUGGUGUGGAGAAACCUUUCCUUUAGUCUUCUGAUGGCUGCCUGAUCAGCAGCAUGGAUGUGCACAUGGAGAAACCGGGCAGUCCUUUCUCACCCACCUGUUCAACAGUAUUCAAAAUUUUGUGUUUCUCAUCUGUUUCCUCACCCUAAGUCUGUGUGGGAAUGGAAGGAUUCUCAUUUUAAUUACUACUUGCCAAGGUUGUUAACGUUCCUGAUCACCUUUCUUGGUCUUCUAUACAUUAUAUCCCUUUUCUGUGCAUAGGAGUUAGGAGUAUGUGUCAGUGAAGACAAAUGAGACAUUAUGGUGGUAUUUGUUCCUAACUACUUUUGGAAUAAUUGUACUUUUUUUCCUCUGUUGUUCAAGGCACACCGACUUGACAUUUGGGAAGCAUGUGAUUUUCCAGCUCUUUAAAAGUUGCCUCUGAUGGUGCUAAAGAGAUACACUUGGAGCUGGGGUUGUUUCUCUCCCUACAUGUCUUAAUUUGGGCUAUUGACAUUAGCGUUCACUUGACAUUUUCACCCACUAGAACAGUUAAAUUGUCCCGUCUAAACUCUUUCUAUAAAUUUCUCCUAUCAUCAAUAAUUUUGUAUCAUCAAAAAUCUUAAUCAUCUUACCUUUCUCCAAGCAGAACAGUAUCUUGGGGGUCAGGAGUUCAGAUGACAUCUAAUAACUUUGCUCCACCAUGGAAAGCUGACGACUUAUUUCUAUCCUUAGUAAAUGGCUAAAAGAGAGCUCUGUAAAGGCCUUCUUAUACUCUAACCCUCUAACAAUUUAACUUUUAUGUUUUCUCCUGGAAAUCCAUGUCUGUAACAGAGGAAAGGAUUAUAGCGCAUUCUCAUUGGUUCCUCAAAGUUCAUUAUUAGAUCUGGGAAGCCCAAUUUCCUUAAUAUGCAUAAUUUCAUUCUUUCCUUCUACAGCACUGGAUCCAGUAAGUAAGUCUGUCUGUUUGCUACCUGCACAUAAGGCAGCCAAGCUAGUCCACUCCAAUUUGGGUUCCUCCUCCUCCGUUUUCCUUUUUUCCAUUUUUCUCAUCUGUCUGAUGAAUCUGGUAAAUACACAGGUUUGCUCGGCAGUGCAAGAUCCUUUAUGAUGCAGGGCCAGAACACCAGUUCAUUCAGAUACUGUUUUGGUCAGUGGGUUGUGUUUCUGGAAGAGGAAGAAUGGGGCCUAUUCUGACACUUCAGACUUAACUGGUUCUUCAGUGAAGAAUGUACUUAAGAUGUUACAUCUUAAUUAUUAAAGCCUUUUUUUCUUUUAUCCCAGAGGAAGAGGUUUUGGUGUAGGAACCUCCAUUAACUUCAUUGUACCAGUGCUCACAUUAGGAAGCUUCAGGCUUUUAUUAAUUCACUUCAGUGCUGCUGGCACUUCAUGAUCACGUACUCAACUUCAUGUAUCCUUCCUGAACUCUCUUGGCUGACUUAGCAAGUUAAUAUAAAAACCACAAUAAAGAUUAUACUAUCUAUCUUUCUCA